UUUCAUUCCUGUUUUGAAAACUUAAGUUUAUAUUUUGAGAUUCGACAUCAUGGCAUUUCACUCAAGUUUAGAAGCAGACGUAAUCGAAGAAUGGCGCUCGUCGAUUUGGGCGAUGAUACGACAUAUACUUGGGAAAGACAGUAUUCAACUGCAGAAAAGCUACAUUUUUCUCUACUUGGAAUUUUAAAUGAAAGGGACCAAUUACCUAAGAAUUCCCAAGCGUAUGCAAGACUUUCUUUCCAGUUGAGGAAUAGCUUGGGUCAACUUCAUGGUGAAAUCCAGAGUCUAAAAGCACACCUUGAACGCCUCUCCCAAAAUAAGCAGUUAACUGCCAGAGAAAAAGAAAGAAGAAACCUUCUUCUUGAAGAUCUAUUGAGCAAACAUAGGCAACUUCAGAAUUCUCUAAAUAGCAGUAUAUUAGAUAACCACCAUUCACUUGGAAAAAUUUCAUCUGGGGUGGUAGUCUCUUCAAAUCCAGUAAUCCCAACAAUGGCUGAUGAACAUAUUCCUCAUCGAGAGCUGAAGCAAAUUCAGUCCCAGAUCCUAGCAGAUCAAGACAGAGGACUAGAGGAACUGUCAAGAAUUAUUGGUAGGCAGAGGCAAAUUGCCCAGACAAUAGGUGAUGAAGUUGAAUCACAAAAUGAUCUAAUUGAAAAUAUAGCAGACAACGUGGAUCGCACUAGGGAUAGAAUGGCGCAGCAGACAUCCCACAUCGCUGUCGUUGACAGAAAGGAUCGCACUUUUGGCUAUUGGAUGGUGAUACUAUUAUUAUUUGUUGCUAUAGUGGUGGUUGCAUCUAUUCCGAAACACUAAAUUCCGAGUUUGUUAAGCUUUAAGAUAUCAUUACAGUCAAAACUCAA